UAUAAGAAUGAACUGCAUCAAAAGAUACAUGAAACUGAUUCAUAACGUGCUUGUAAUUUCUGAAUACAGAGAACACGUUAGUAUUAUACUACAAAUUUCAUUUUACAAGUUGAUUUUAUAAUAAGAACGGUCUUAGUUGACACAUGAGAUAGAUUUAGAUUUAGAUGGAUGAAGAUAUUAUGUCAUCUCCUAAUAGAUUGGUGGAAUGUCGAAUAUGUCACAGUGAGGAUGAAGAUUCAAACAUGGACACACCCUGUUCUUGCUGUGGAACAUUGAAGUAUGCACACCAAAACUGUGUUCAAAGAUGGUGCAAUGAGAAGGGUGAUACUACAUGUGAAAUUUGCCAACAGCAACUCAAGCCUGGGUAUACUGUACCUCCACUGCCUCCUCUAUUACACUAUGGUUCUUCUCCAAUAAAUUUUGGAGGGAACUGGGAGAUUUCAAGAAGGGAACUUCAUAACCAUCAGUUCACAGCAUUUCAUGAAUUCCUAGACCUAGAUUUUGAAUAUGCAGCAGCACCCUCUACAAGAAGCUUGAUAUUUUGCCGCAUUGUUACCAUUAUUUUUAUUGGUCUUCUUCUUCUACGCCAUACUCUUCCAAUCAUAUUUAUACUCAGAGGAGCAAGAGCACAUUCAUUCACAGUGUUUAUGUCAGUGGUGUUGAGAAACAUUGGAAUGAUUGUACCAUUUUAUAUAAUGGUUAAAGCUAUUAUUUCAAUCCAACAGUUUCAAUACCAGGGUCAUGAGCAAUCUCCUAUGCAAGCACACUAGGAAAACAAUAUAAAUGAUUCAGUGGUAAACUUUAGAGUGGAGUAAUGAUAUCUUUAAUGUAAAAUUAAGGGAAAAAACAGAACAAAUUGAAGAAAAAACCUUUGGAAGUGCCAUUAGUGUAAUUAGAUGUUGUUGUAUAUACGAUAUAUAACCCCUUUUACUGGAAAAGGAAAAUGUUGAGAAAGAUCAUAAACAUGGGUAAGCAGAGACGUACUACACUAUACAUUAUGGUUCCAUGACCAAUUGCUUCUAGCAAAAUAAAAUGGGUUGAAUUUUAAUUUA